AUGGGUGCAUGCAUGUCGACAGGGGGGAUGGUGGAUGUCUCGGAUGAUGAUAAGCGAAGGCAUAGAGAAGCGGAGAAAUAUCUCAAGGAAGCCAAGGCCAGGAUGGCUUCCCAGGUUAAGGUUCUUCUCCUAGGGUCUGGCGACUCAGGAAAAUCGACAGUUCUAAAGCAAAUGCGACUGAUUCAUCGGGUACCCUUCUCACCAGGAGAAGUUGAGACCUAUCGUCAACUAGUGUUCAACAACCUGACGACAGGUCUGAAUUACGUGUUCGAGGCCAUGGAAGAUAUGGAGCUCAAACUUGCGGAGGAGAACCUACCACACAUGGAACUCAUUCAGAAUGCUCGGGAUAUCCGUGAACAGGAGUCUUUUCCUAUGUUAUACUACGAGCCCUUGAGGGAUCUUUGGGCUGACAGCGGGGUACAACAGGCGUAUGGAAGAGGGAACGAGGCUGCCCUUCCUGAAAACUUGUCGUACUUUUUCUCCUCGCUGGACAGAUUAUUUGACCCAUCAUAUCAUCCAACCGAACAAGAUAUCGUCCAGUGCCGAGCUCGCACUAUUGGAAUAACUGAGACAACUUUCCAUCUUAAAGACCAUGAAAUGCUCAUGGUCGACGUCGGUGGUCAGAAGAGCGAGCGGAGGAAAUGGAUUCACUGUUUCCAGGAUGUCACUAGUAUUCUAUUUCUCGUCAGUCUAAGCGGGUAUGAUCAAUGCCUUGUCGAGGAUCGAGAUGCGAACCAAAUGCAAGACGCUAUGACAAUAUGGGACUCAAUAUGCCAUUCGCAAUGGUUCAAGCAGACAUCAAUAAUUCUCUUCCUUAACAAGGAUGACCUCUUCCAAAAGAAGAUCGUCAACUCUGACAUCAAAAACUUCUUUCCGGACUACGAGGGUGAAGCAGGGGACGCAAAAGCUGGACGAGAUUAUUUCCGGCGACGUUUCACGCGACUCGCUCACAAAGCUGGACGUUCUAAAGAACGCGAAAUCUACAUUCAUGUAACGACUGCGACGGAUACGGAAAUGUUGAGAGUAGUGAUGGCCGCUGUUGAAGGUUACAUCGUUCUUCGAUCCAAUCUCCAAAUCGCGGCACUAAUUUGAUGUUUCUUUUUUUGCUCUUCAUCUUACGAUUUAUCCAUGUCAUCAUCAACGCAUCUCGCUAUCGUGCUCCAAAACAUAAUGCUAUCGCCGGGA